AUGGAUAAGUUGAAAUGGUACUUCCCAUCCUCAUUGAGGACUUCAGGUUGGAGUUAUAAAUCACAGGGGUGCACUGCAAGACCAAAUGGAAUGGAGUCAGGGCCUCAUAUCACUCAGCCACUGCACCAUCAUACUGAUCUUAAUCAGUUGAAGGGUGUAUACAACCAAAUCAACAAUACCUCCAAAAAUCUGGUGUUCAUUAGAAUCCGACACUUGAGGCCAAUAUUCAGGGGACUGCCACUGAAGAGGCAUGGUCAGACUAUGUUAGCAAGCAGUAUUAGCGAAGAUGCAGCAAAUUUUGAUGCAUCCUACAAUCUGGCUGCACUGGCUGGCCCUACCACAGAGAAUGAGCCAGUGCCAAGUUCCUCUACCAGUGGGGCGGGUGCAUCUACCAGUGCCGACCCCAGGGAUGUUGACGCUGACCUCAGGGAUGUUGGCAUGGGCAUGGCUGAUGGCAUGGAUACCGCUGACAAUUUCUCAUGGGAGAUCCCACUCCAUCAUGUGCCUAUCCUUGUGGCCUCAACCUCCGUGAUGGCUGCUCCCCCUAUAUCCAGCUCUGGAAACUCUGGAAAGUGCUCCCAUCACAACAUGGUCUUUGAUACUACACCCCCCUCUGUCACCUCUUACACACUGAUGUCAGAAACAGCUAUGUCAGGGGUGCCACGAGCAUAUUCAGAUGUGCCAUGA